AGGAGGAGAUCAACAACAUGAAGCGGGAGCUUGAGAAGUACGGGCUGCAGCUGCCUGCCUUCAGCAAGAUCGGGGGCAUUUUGGCCAACGAGCUCUCGAUCUUCCACCCGGAGACCACCGACAUCUACGACAAGAAGAACAUGCCCCGGGUGGUCUACUGCAUCCACGCGCUCAGCCUGUACCUCUUCAAGCUGGGGCUGGCCCCUCAGAUCCAGGACUUGUACGGGAAAGUGGAUUUCACGGCAAGAUCGGGGGCAUUUGGGCCAACGAGCUCUCGGUGGACGAAGCAGCAGGGUGGGGGGGUCCCUCUCCAGUACCUGCAGGUGAUCCCUGAGGAUGAGGACAUCUACGAGCGGUGUCUGACCCAGGCUGAAAUCCAAGGGAACAUCAACAAAGUGAACGUGCACGGAGCUCUGGAGGAGGUGGACGAUGCCCUGGAGAGACAGGACGCGCCGGCGCUGUACCGAGCGCUGCAGGACCCUGUCCUGGCCCUGCGAUGCCUCCAGCGGGAAAACCUCGACCGCUACUUGGAGCAGCUCAGCGAGGAGCGGGAGCAGAAGGCACUGGUGGGAGCCUGUGGACACGAGGGGAUCCAGGCAGGCGUGCGGAUGUGGCAGGCUCGGAGAAAAUACCGGGAGAGGCUGCGCUACUUCAGGGAGAACAUUAAAGCUGUAAUUAAAAUCCAGGCUUUCGUGCGCGCUAACAAGGCCCGUGGGGAUUACAGGACGCUGGUCCACGCCAGGAGCCCGCCGCUGAGCAUCGUCCGGCGCUUUGUCCACUUGCUGGAGCAGAGCCAGCACGACUUCUGGGAGGAGUCGGAGGUGCUGCGGCUGCAGGAGGAGGUGGUGAAGAGGAUCCGUGCCAGCCGGCAGCUGGAGAGUGACCUGGACCUCAUGGACAUCAAGAUCGGGCUGCUGGUCAAGAACAGGAUCACCCUGCAGGAGGUGGUCUCCCACUGUAAGAAGCUGACCAAGAAGAACAAGGAGCAGCUCUCGGAGAUGAUGUCCAUAGAGAAGCAGAAGGGGCUCAAGUCGCUCAGCAAGGAAAAGCGGCAGAAGCUGGAGGCCUACCAGCAUCUCUUCUACCUCCUGCAGACACAGCCCGUGUACUUGGCCAGGCUGAUCUUCCAGAUGCCCCAGAACAAGUCCACCAAGUUCAUGGAGUCAGUGAUCUUCACACUUUACAACUACGCGUCCAACCCGCGGGAGGCUUACCUGCUGCUCCAGCUCUUCAAAGCAGCACUACAGGAGGAGAUCAGGUCCAAGGUGGACCACGUCCAUGACAUCCUGACGGGGAACGCCACGGUGAUCCGGCUGGUGGUCAGCUUCUACCGCAAUGCACGUGGGCAGAACGCCCUGCGGCAGAUCCUGGCUGGCCCGGUGCAGGAGGUCCUGCAGGACAAGACCCUCAGUAUCCGCACCGACCCUGUGGACAUCUACAAGGCUUGGAUCAACCAGAUGGAGUCACAGAGUGGGCAGAAAAGCAAGCUCCCGUACGAGGUCAGCCCUGAGCAGGCUCUCAGCCACCCUGAGGUCCAAAGACGGUUGGAUAUUUCUAUCCGCAACCUUCUCACGAUGACAGACAAGUUUGUCUCUGCCAUCACCUCUUCCGUAGACAAGAUCCCCUAUGGGAUGCGCUACGUGGCCAAAAUCCUGAGGACAUCCUUGGCUGAGAAGUUCCCCAACGCCUCAGAGGAGGAGAUCGACAAGAUCGUGGGCAACCUGCUCUAUUACCGCUUCAUGAACCCAGCGGUGGUGGCCCCUGACGGCUUCGACAUCGUGGAUAUCUCGGCCGGGGUGACCUUGCAUCCUGACCACCGCCGCAGCCUGGGCUCCGUCGCCAAAGUCCUGCAGCACGCGGCCGCCCGCAAGGCCUUUGCCGGGGAGAACGCGCAUCUCUGUGGGGUGAACCAGUACCUGGAGGACACUCACAACAAGUUCAGGAGGUUCAUCUCCGCUGCCUGCUGUGUUCCCGAGCCAGAGGAGAGGUUUAACGUGGAUGAAUACUCGGAGAUGGUGGCGGUGGCCAAACCAGUCAUCUAUAUCACGGUGGGGGAGCUCAUCAACACGCACAAGCUCCUGCUCGAGCACCAGGACUCCAUCGCGCCAUGCCACGGAGACCCCCUGCAUGAGCUUCUGGAAGACCUCGAUGAGCUUCCUACGGUCCAGUCCCUUGUCGGGGAGAGCGUUCCCAGCCCGGCGGAUGCCAGCGCUGAGCAGGCGCUCUCCCAGUUGGGCAAAAUGGAGAUCUCCCUCACCCUCACCGGCAAGCUGGUGCCGACGGCUGGCAGCGAGGAGAGCGAUGCAAGGAGCUUGCUGUUGAGCACCAAGCAGAUGCUGGUGGAUGUGAUCCAGUCCCAGCCAGGAGAUUCCCUCCCGGAGAUCCUGUGGACGCCGGCCUCGGAGCACGAGGAAGCCUCCCACGACCGCCUCAUGCACAGGCGAGCGCUGCGGGAUGCCCAGACCCCCACCAAGCUGAAACGCAACCGCUCCCUGGUUGCCAACAGCCAGCUCUCCAUGGAGGAGAAGAAACGCAAGAUCAUCCGCAACCUGCGGCGUUUGGAGAGCCUGGGGCUGGUGGACUCUGCCCAUCAGUACCAGGAGCUUGUCGACGAACUGGCCAAGGACAUCCGCAACCAGAGGCGUUACCGGCAGCACCGCAAAGGGGAGCUUCUGAAGCUGAGACAGACCCUGCAGGGCCUCAACACCAAGACCUUGUUUUAUGAGGAGCAAAUUGAUUACUACAACCAGUACAUCAAGACCUGCCUUGACAACCUGGCAGCCAGCAACAAGGUUGGUGGGAAGAACAAGAAGCUGCAGUCACUGCGCUACACGGCGGCCCGGCUCUUGGAGAAAGGGGUGCUGCUGGAGAUCGAGGACUUGCCGCUCAGCCAGUUCAGGAACGUGAUUUUUGACAUCAUCCCCUGUGAGGAAUCGGGCAGGUUCCAGGUGAAAGCCAAAUUCCUGGGGGUUGACAUGGAGCGGUUCCAGCUGCACUACCAG